AUGUCUAUAAAGAGCAUAUGUUAUUUAGGAGAUAAUAAUGAUAUCUUAUUUUUUUAUUCAAUCGAAGAAAAUGAUGAAAUAACAUCACGAUUUGCUCUUUAUUGCACUCUGAAUAAUAUUCAAAAAAUAAUUGAAUCAAAUGAAAAGAAAAGCAGCGAAAAAAAAUAUGACCCAUAUCUUGGAUAUGUAGGUAUCAAUCUUUCUCUUUUUAGUUCUUAUAAAAAUUAUGCAUAUGUAAUUAAAAUUAUUAACCUUAAAAUUAUAUUAACAAUUGAUGAUAGUAAAAAUAAGUAUACAGAUGAUAUUCUCAAAUCGAUUUUUAUAAAAUUGCAUAAAAUAUAUGCAGACACAGUUUGUAACCCCUUCUAUACAGAUACUUUAGAAACAGAUACUUUUUUAAAAAAAAUUAAAAAAUUAAUGGAAACGUCAUGA